GAAAAGUUUUGCUUAAGUUAUCGGGAAAAAAAAUCAAAGCUCAGCCGACUAUUCAAGUUUUUCACCGACUGACAGUCGGUGUUUUGGGGUUCCUCUCAUAAGAUCAGGCAGUCUUUCUUCACUAAACAACAGGUGAGAAAUCCGCCCACAAUGAUCAUACCGAUUGUCGCCGGAGCCAUACUUGGCCUGGCAUUUAACUUCGACACUUACAAAUUGCAACACACCUACAUUUUUGACCCGAACGAUAUUGCUAAAAACCUCCAGAUCAUUCCGAAGACAUUCACUCAAUCUCAAUACCGGUUGAUCCAAUCCUCCUCCGACUCCUCCAACCUGUUGGAUAUCGACGGCGAUCUUUCUCUCAAAGCGAAGAAGGGGGACAUCGAUCUGAGCGGAUAUGGCAAGUACAUGAUGAAGACCGUCAAUCGAGAGAACACAGUCGAAAUGCUCAUCACAGUGUACCAUGAGACGCAAACAGAGACUUUCCCGUCUUACACGAAAGUAAGAACAGACUGGCAGUCCAAACCAUCCAAGAACGUUGGUACUCACUACAUCAGAAGUAUCACUUAUGGUGGUCAGUUAAUAAUUUCCUAUCUACUCAAAGCAAAUAAGGAUGAAUAUAUGGAAGAUAUCAAGGCUGCUGUAACCGCCAACCUCGCCAUUUCUGGAAGCCUCGAUGUAAACGUCACAGGCAGAUUGGAAAAGUUGAGCGAAGAGAUCAAAGACAAGACAACGGUGGCCAUCUCUACUUUCGCCACCACAGGAAUCUUCAAUCCUCCCUCUGACAUCAAGGCUCUUCUGGAUUUGGUGAAUGAAUAUCCGGAACUGGUGAAGAAAGAAGGUGGUGGAAAGGGAGCCCCUCUCAAAGUGGACAUAGUCGAUCUGUCCACUUUAAAUCGGAAUUACACGGCUUUUCUGAAAAAUGCAGCUUUGGAAGGCAUGUUGAAUGAAGCGACGAAUAAAUACGAUGACCUGCGAGUCUCUUGGGACGCAUACAAAGAUUGGGAAUUCAGCACCAGUUGGGAUCCUAAGUGGGAUAAGGAUGUCAAUUCUUACAAUGUUCGACUGAAGAGAGCCAAAGACGCCAUGUCGAAAGCGAUUUCAAAUCUGGAUCCAACAAAAGGUCUGGAACAAUUCGACGAAGCAUUCAAAGUGUAUGGUGAGCAUGGUUUGAACAUCCCAAACAGAUUUGCGAGAGAAUUCAAGAACCUCACACAUCACGUGGAAAACAAGCCAUUCUUCUGGUUUCCCUACACAACUGCAGUCUCCAGCUACGUACAUUGGGGCAGAUUGAACUGCACACUGCCAAGCCCUGAACCGCUCUUUAUCGGCUACGCUGGAACGUCUCCGGUUGACUUUGGCAAUGGAGGAAACAUUGAGUGCCUCCCUGCCGGCAAGCCUAGCCUCGUUCCGAAGAAAGUGAGUUCCACCGUCCUCUCCGAAAUCAACGGACUGCUGUACGAGUUGCCCGACAAGAAAUCUGCACAAACUCUGUGUGCCUUCUGCAAACUGGAAAACGCCACCGUUGCCUACACCAUUUCUGGCCGAACGGAGUGCCCGGAAAAAAUGAAACUCGAGUACUCUGGCUACUUGAUGAGCAGCCGCGAUGCCGGAACGGGAUCGUCCUUCAUCUGCCUGGACAAAGACCCUGAUGGGCAGAUUCCGGCAGGUAACCAGAAGUUUGCAGAUGGCAGUACUGCGGUAUUGUCCCCGGUCUUGACCUUCUGUUCGAGCUGCGAAGAGGAUGAGAAUCUGAAAUACGUUGGCUGCGUAGUGUGCUCGAGAUAAAAUGUCUCUUUUCACA